AUGGCUUUCGAAGAACCAUUUCAGAAAUCAGUUAGCUUGCGUAGUCAGUCAGAUAAAAUAGACUGUCUACUCGUGCACUACCUCGACCUAAUUGAUCGAUACGAAAAACUCCGGAAAUCACUUUGUAAACUUCAGAGCUCAGUGCUUCAAAACAUUUCCAAAGCUAAUUUCAAUGCGAAUAGAGGUAUAAGAUAUGGAGAGGACCUCUACGAUACACGAAUGCAAGCAUUACGGUUGUGCAGUAUCAGUAAGGAUGAAAAAAAUGGCACUUCGAUAUUUACUGUAGAUGCCCCCACUCAACCAGACUUGAAAAUUGAUUUGGAACCUCACGAUAUAGGCACAAAAGAACAUGGUAGAGAAACCAAAGGUUGUCCCGAUAAAAUGAAUGAGAAUAAAGGUGUAACAAAUGACUUUCUAGUUAACAGAAAUGCAAUCCGUAUGUUUGGGAUUCUAACACCUCAGGCACUACGUCUCGCUCAAACCGAUUCCGUAAAGAUGGUGGAAGAAAUCAUACCAAAAAUAGCUACGGUAAACGCAGAAAUGAUAAAACUUGAGGUUGAAAUCUACCGAGCUUGUGAGCUCAAAGCCAUUUCCGUGUCAGGAUAG